AUGGACUAUAGUGAUCAAUUCACAACUUAUUUGAUAUUCAAUGGUAGAGAUGCAUUAUUUCGAUGGGCUCGUGAACAAGGAAAAUUGAAUAAUAUUGUCAUUGUAAUUAAAAGGUCUGAUUGUGGAGGUGAGGGCAAGAGGAGACCUCAUGUAAUACUUGCUUGUGAGAGGAACGGUAACUAUAAGUCUUGCAAGUCUAGUGAGACAACUGAUAUAAGGUCGGAUGCAAAUAGUGAUAGGGACACUGGUACCAAGAAAUGUGGAUGCCCAUUCUUAUUAAAAGGUGUCAAUAUUGGUGAUGGGGAUGAUUGGAAGUUGGAGGUGGUUUGUGGAGUACACAACCAUCCUAUUUCAGAGUAUCUUCAAGGUCAUUCAUUUGUGGGGCGACUUACUGAAGAGGAGAAUGCCUUGUUGGUGGACAUGUCUAAGAGUUUGGUAAAACCCAGAGAUACUUUGGUCAACAUUAAAGAUAGAGAUGCAAUGAAUGUUUCAACUAUGAAGACAAUAUACAAUGCUAGGAUCCGAAAUAUAACCAAAGAAUUUGCUGGGAGAACCCAAAUGUAA